AUGGAUAGAGAUAGUAGCGAGAAUGAUUACCAAUCGAAUGUGGAAGAUAAAACGAAUCCUCAGUCGACCAGAGUCUCAUUUGAUCUUGAUCCUGCUCAACAUCGCGAUGGUUUCGAAGAAUCCUUAGAAGAAAUCGAUGAAUUUCUUGAACUUUCGACGAAUUCCACUGCUCAAUCUAUGUCAUCAAUGGACUCAGCGACAAAUCUGAAUAGCGAUGGAGCUAAUACUAAAUCAACAUUUCAUAGCUCAGCCGUUGAAAAUAAAUCAAAACUGAAAGCCUGUAAACGGAAUAUGUCAGGAAUUUCAUUUUCAUCGAUGACAUCUUUCCGACAAUCGUUCUCCGUAUCGACUCCCAAAGAACUUUGCGAUUUUCUGGGUGGUGGGCGCGUAAUCAAUAAAAUUCUUAUUGCCAACAAUGGUAUUGCGGCUGUCAAGUGUAUGCGAUCGAUCCGACGUUGGUCCUAUGAAAUGUUUCGUCAGGAGAACGCUAUUAAAUUUGUUGCUAUGGUGACACCGGAAGAUAUGAAAGCAAAUGCUGAGUAUAUUCGAUAUGCUGAUCAUUAUGUGAACGUUCAAGGUGGUCCGUCGCAUAUGAACUACUCUAAUUGUGAGCUCAUUCUUGAUAUUGCAAAACGAUUUCCUGUAGAAGCUGUUUGGGCUGGAUGGGGCCAUGCAUCAGAAAACCCAAAAUUACCCGAAUUACUCCAUCGUCAUGGAAUCGCUUUUAUCGGCCCACCUGAACAGGCUAUGUGGGCAUUAGGCGACAAGAUUGCAUCGAGUAUUAUUGCUCAGAGUGCAGAUGUACCGACAUUGCCUUGGAGUGGAUCACAUCUCAAACUCGAUACUAGUGAUCAGGAUCGGGAUUGUGUUAACGUACCCAUGGAUUUAUAUGAAAAAGCUUGCGUUACUGAUGCAAAACAAGGUGUUGAAAUUGCAGCUAAAAUUGGUUUUCCCGUUAUGAUCAAAGCAUCCGAAGGCGGUGGUGGUAAAGGAAUUCGCAAGUCGACUAGUCGAGAUGAUUUUGAAAAUCUUUUCCGACAAGUACAAACCGAGGUUCCUGGCUCGCCCAUAUUUCUCAUGAAAUACGCUGACAGCUGUCGGCAUUUGGAAGUACAAAUUCUUGCUGAUCAACGUGGCCAGGCGAUAUCGUUGUUUGGUCGAGAUUGUUCAAUUCAGCGACGACAUCAGAAAAUUAUCGAAGAAGCGCCCGCAAUCAUAGCACCACCGGAUAUUCUUGAACAAAUGGAAAAAGCGGCUGUACGUCUUGCAAUGCUAGUCGGCUAUGUCAGUGCUGGAACAAUCGAAUAUUUGUAUAAUCCAAAUGAUCAAUCAUUCUUCUUCCUUGAACUUAAUCCUCGAUUACAAGUUGAACAUCCUUGUACAGAAAUGGUUACUGACGUCAAUUUACCUGCAUGUCAAUUACAAAUCGCUAUGGGUGUGAGUUUGCAUCGAAUCAAAGACAUUCGACUUCUGUAUGGCGAGGAACCAUUUGGCAUUUCACCUAUUGAUUUCAAUGAACCACCGAAUAAACCUUUACCGCAUGGUCAUGCCAUCGCUGCUCGUAUUACCAGUGAAAAUCCGGAUGAAGGAUUCAAACCAAGUUCUGGAACAGUUGAAGAGUUGAAUUUUCGCAGCCGACAAAAUGUUUGGGGAUAUUUUAGUAUAUCAUCAGCUGGUGGUCUACAUGAAUUCGCUGAUUCUCAAUUUGGACACAUUUUCUCACAUGGCGAUACACGAGAAGAUGCUCGAGAAAAUCUUGUUGUUGCAUUGAAAGAAUUAUCAAUUCGAGGAAGUUUUCACUCGACUGUGGAGAUUCUAAUCCGUUUACUAGAGACAGACGUAUUUAUUAACAAUACAGUGAAAACAAGUUGGCUCGAUGGUCUCAUUGCUGAACGUUUUCAAACCGAAAAGCCUGAUAUCAUGAUAUCAAUUGUCUGUGGUGCUCUACAUGUUGCUGACGAAAAAUUUCGAAGCAAUUAUCAAAAUUUUCAAUCGUCACUCGAGCGUGGUCAGAUAUUAUCAAUGAAUACUCUAUCGAUUUCUGCGUAUGUAGACUUAAUCUACGAACAAUUCAAAUAUCGAUUACAAGUAACUCAAUGCGGUCCAAGCAGUUUUUUCAUUGCGAUGAACGAUUCUUAUGUUGAAGUGGAAGCCCAUCGAAUGAAAGAUGGUGGAAUGUUGAUAAAUCUAGAUGGAUCUAGUUAUACAACAUUUAUGAAAGAAGAAGUGGACAGUUAUCGAAUCAUAAUCAAUAACAAAUCAUGUGUUUUCCAAAAAGAAAAUGACCCAUCCGUAUUGAGAUCACCAUCUGCAGGAAAACUUCUGCACUAUACGAUCGAAGAUGGUGGAUCGGUUGAAGCUGGUCAAGUGUAUGCUGAGAUCGAAGUGAUGAAAAUGGUUACUGAAUUGCGAUGUCCGUCGAAAGGACAUCUUCAAUGGCAUAAACGUCCAGGCGCCAUUCUUGAUGCUUCGUGUAUUCUCGCACGUAUUAUAUUCGAUGAUCCUCGUGCUGUACAACAGGCGAUAUCGUACGAGGGUAAAUUCAGCUUUGAAAUAACCAAUCGUUCGAUCAGUACAAAAGUGAAUCAAGUAUUUCAAAAAACCAAGGAAACUUUGGAAAAUAUUCUUCGUGGUUAUACGUAUCCUGAACCGUAUUUUCGCGAACGACUCAGAUUAACUGUGGAAAAGCUGUUCUCUAUUCUUCGUGAUCCAUCUUUGCCUCUACUUGAAGUUGAAGAAAUACUUUCCAAUAUAUCUGAACGUAUUCCGAAAGAAGUCGAUAAAGAAAUCAAAAAAUUAAUGAAAAGCUAUCUGAGUAACUUAACAUCCGUUCUCAUUCAAUUUCCAUCCCAGUCCAUCGCCACGUGUUUGGACAAUUACGCAGCAAAAUUAGAACGUCGUACUGAUCGAGAGGUCUUCUUCACUACAGUUCAAAGUCUUGUACAACUAGUACAACGAUAUCGCACCGGUAUUAAAGGACAUAUGAAAACGGUGAUUACAGAUUUAAUCAGAAAUUACUUAAAUGUCGAAACAUUAUUUCAAUACGGACAAUAUGACAAAUGUUUAACACAUUUACGCGAUAAACAUAAGAUUGAGAUGCACAAAGUUGUCGAAAUUGUCUUCUCACAUGCGAAUUACAAUUCCAAGAACGCUUUAGUCAUUAUGUUGAUUGAUCUUCUAUUCGAACGCGAUCCACGAUUAACUGAUGAACUAACCACUUUAUUAAGCGAAUUAACAAUGUUAACACAUACGAAUAAUGCUAAGGUUGCAUUGAAAUCUCGUCAAGUUUUAAUCGAAUUUCAACAACCGCCAUAUGAACUACGAUUGAAUCAAGUUGAAUCGAUCUUUCUAAGUGCACUGGAUAUGUAUGGACAUAAAUUGUGUCAAGAUAAUCUACAAAAACUAAUCCUUUCCGAAACAAGUAUCUUCGAUGUCUUACACACUUUUUACUACCAUUCAAAUUUACAAGUACGACAAUCGGCACUUGAAGUCUAUGUUCGUCGAUCGUAUAUCUCCUAUGAUCUUCAUAGUAUCAAACAUGGACUACUUUCUGAUGGAACAUCGACCGUUCAGUUUUCUUUGUAUUUACCAUUGAAUCAUCCUAAUCGAUUGUACGUACAAGAACAUACAGUGCGGCGAGGAAGUUUCAGCGAUGAAAUGAUGAUGCUGGACGGUGAUGAUCCACAAUUAUUCCGACGUAAAGGUAUCAUUGCUGCAUUUGAUAGUUUGGAACGAGCAAAAAAUUGCUUUGAUGAAUUGUUAAUUCCAUUCACGGAGACAUCUCCCAUCACUCGUUCUUCAAAAACAGGACGACGAGCAAUACGUACACAUAAUCGACAAGGUUCAUUCGAUAACAAAACUGCUCAAAAAUCCACAUCAGACAUUGAUCAAGCAACUAAUCUCAUAUACGUCUUCAUCAAAGAUGAUGCUAAUCUUCAACAGAAUCUGAAAUUAGAAGAUAUCUUCUUGGAAUUUGUACAAUCGAAAAAACAAAUCUGCAAUUCGAAAAACAUUCGUCGAAUUACAUUUUCUCUGGCUACGAAACGACAAUUUCCAAUCUAUUACACCUACCGCAAACGAUUAGAUUUUGAAGAAGAUAAAAUCUUUCGAAAUCUCGAACCAGCUCUCGCUUACCAACUCGAACUCUAUCGUUUACGUUCAUUUGACUUAGAAUUCGUGCCGACAUCGAAUCACAAUAUGCACAUUUACCUCGGCAAAGCAAAUGUUCACAAUAAACAAAGUGAAACCGCUGAUUAUCGUUUAUUCGCACGAACAAUUAUUCGUCACUCGGAUUUAGUCACCAAAGAGACAAGUUAUGAAUAUCUACAAAAUGAAGCAGAACGACGUCUGCUCGAAGCUAUGGAUGAACUAGAAAUUGCCUUCUCACAUCCAUUAGCAAACAAAACCGAUUGUAAUCACGUGUUCAUGUGUUUUGUUCCAACAGUUUGCAUUGAACCAACUAAAUUAGAAGAAAGUGUUCGUGGAAUGGUCCUCCGUUAUGGUAUCCGUUUAUGGAAAUUACGUAUUCUUCAAGCUGAAUUAAAAAUGAAUAUUCGCUUAGCUCAGGAUUCCGAACCUACGCCUUUCCGUGUAUUCAUGACCUACGAAAGUGGCUACCAUCUGGAUAUUUCCUUAUACCGAGAGGUAACCAAUCAAUCAACAGGACAAACUAUUUUUCAAACAUACAACAUUGGUAAAACCGGCCCGUUGGAUGGUCGCGCAUUACAUGAUCCUUAUCUAACAAAAGAUCAACUACAAUACAAACGUUUCACCGCUCAAUCAAAUAGUACGACUUACGUUUACGAUUUACCUGAAAUGUUCCGUCGCGCAUUACUACAUUCAUGGAAACAAUAUUUUGAACUGAAUAAGUUAAAAGAUCAAGCGAUACCAAAAGAUAAUUUUAUUUGCCAAGAACUUAUUCUUGAUAAUUUCAAACAAGAUGAGAAUAAUUCAUCGUCGAUACUUUCUCCAGGUUCGAUCUCGGCAACUAGUACACCAACCAUCACAACAAUCUCAACUCCUACUAUAGACAGUGAACAUUCACCAUCCACACCGACAAGUUCGACACCAAUAUCAUUAGAAGCAACUUCACUGAACUCCGAUGAAAUCAAUAAGAAAUUGAAACAAUGCGGUUUAGUUACUCGCACUCGUUCACCGGCAGAAAAUGAUUGCGGUAUUGUUGCUUGGCGAGUCCAUAUGAAAACACCUGAAUGUCCAGAAGGACGAACGAUUAUUGUCAUUGCCAAUGAUAUCACAUACAAAAUCGGGUCAUUCGGUAUAGAUGAAGAUUUAUUAUUUCAACGCGCAUCGGAAUUAGCACGGUUAGAACGUGUGCCACGCAUCUAUGUUUCCGCAAACAGUGGUGCACGUAUUGGUCUUGCUGAAGAAUUAAAAUUUCUCUACCAUAUUGCCUGGAAUGAUGCAAAAGACAUUGAUAAAGGUAUACGAUAUUUAUAUUUGACACCGCAAGAUUACGCACGUGUAUCGACAUUGAAUUGUGUACGAACAGAAGUUGUCAAUGAAGAUGGAGAGACACGAUAUAAGAUUGUCGAUAUUAUCGGCAAAGAGAAUAGUUUAGGUGUGGAAAAUCUCCGUGGCUCAGGAAUGAUUGCUGGAGAAACUUCACUUGCUUACAAUGUCAUCCCAACGAUCAGUUUGGUCACGUGCCGCGCCGUUGGUAUUGGUGCGUACCUCGUUCGACUCGGCUCGCGUGUUAUACAAGUAGAAAAUUCUCACAUUAUUCUCACUGGUGCAGGAGCAUUAAAUAAAGUUCUCGGUCGAGAAGUUUACAAUAGUAAUAACCAAUUAGGCGGAACACAAAUUAUGUUCAAUAAUGGUGUAACGCAUGAUGUGGUUAAAGAUGACUUUGAUGGAUGUUUACUUAUAUUACGUUGGCUUUCCUACAUGCCGAAGACGAUGUUACAUCUACCACCGACACAGCCUAUUUUACACGAUCCAAUCGAUCGUCCAAUUGAUUUCAUUCCAACGUCGACACCUUACGAUCCGAGACACAUGAUUCAAGGGCGACAGUUAGCAUCGUCGCAAUCGAAUCUAGGUCAUUUGGAUUCGAAUAUAUCAAUGGCUGCUUCGUUUCAAUCAGGUUUCUUUGACAAAGAUUCAUUUGUUGAAAUUAUGAAAGGUUGGGCUAAGACAGUUGUUUGUGGUCGCGCGCGUCUGGGCGGAAUUCCGAUGGGUGUCAUUGCUGUUGAAACACGAACAGUUGAAAUGGAACAACCUGCUGAUCCCGCAAAUUUCGACUCCGAUGCUCGUACCAUUCAACAAGCCGGUCAAGUUUGGUUUCCUGAUUCUGCAUUUAAAACAGCUCAAGCAAUCAAUGAUUUCAAACGCGAAAACUUACCAUUAAUGAUUUUCGCUAAUUGGCGAGGUUUCAGUGGUGGAAUGAAAGACAUGUUCGAUCAAAUCAUGAAAUUUGGUGCUUAUAUUGUCGAUGCGCUUCGAGAAUAUGAACAACCAGUUUUCAGUUAUAUUCCACCAUUUGGUGAAUUACGUGGCGGCGCUUGGGUUGUUAUUGAUCCAACGAUCAACUUACGUUACAUGGAAAUGUACGCUGAUCAAUUGAGUCGUGGAGGUGUACUCGAACCAGAAGGUACUGUGGAAAUCAAAUAUCGUAUGAAAGAUUUAACACGUACAAUUCAUCGACUCGAUCCGAUUUGUCGAGAUUUGAUGAAAGAAAUUUCGUCGUGCACGAUAGGACAGACUACGGUGAAAGAAGAUCUUGAAAGACAAGUAGCUGAACGAGAAAAAUUCUUACUACCGGUGUAUCAACAAGCUGCUGUAAUGUUCUGUGAUCUACACGAUACUCCCGGUCGUAUGUUAGAAAAAGGUGUCAUUCGUGAAAUUUUGGAAUGGCGUACAAGUCGCGAGUUCUUUUACUGGAGAUUAAAACGUCGUUUAGCUGAAAAUAACAUUAUCAAAACAAUGCUUUUACUCGAACCAACUAUGAAUUACCAAUCAGCGUCAAUUUACAUUCAACAGUGGUUUAAUGAAGAUCAUCAAAAUGAUAAUACACAAUGGGCACAAGACAAGCUUGUUACCGAAUGGUUCGAACAAUUUCAAACGUCAUCAUCCUCGUCCUUUCAUAGCCGUAUGAUGACAUUACAAAGAGAAAAUGCUCGACAAGAUGUUCAGCGAUUACUUCAAACAUAUCCUGAUCUUCUGUCGGACAUAUUAACAGCUGUCAGCGGUGAACAACGCAGUGAACUGAAUCGUAUUUUGAACAGUCAUGCAACUUCACAGUGA